AUGGCCAGCCUGCGGCUGUCCGGCCUGGCCCCGCUGCGGCGGCUGCUGCUGCUGCUCCUGGUGGUGGCCGCGCGCGCCCCGACUGGCGCCGACGGGACGUGCCCAGAGCGCGCGCUGGAGCGGCGGGAGGAGGAGGCGAACGUGGUGCUCACGGGCACCGUGGAGGAGAUCCUCAACGUGGACCCGGUGCAGCACACGUAUUCGUGCAAGGUGCGGGUCUGGCGGUACUUGAAGGGCAAAGAUGUGGUGACUCAGGAGAGCCUGCUGGAUGGUGGCAACAAGGUGGUGAUCGGUGGCUUUGGAGACCCCCUCAUCUGUGACAACCAGGUGUCCACUGGGGACACGAGGAUCUUCUUUGUGAACCCUGCACCCCCAUACCUGUGGCCAGCCCACAAGAACGAGCUGAUGCUCAACUCCAGCCUCAUGCGCAUCACCCUGCGGAACCUGGAGGAGGUGGAGCACUGCGUGGAAGACAAACCUGGGAUCCACUUCACACCAGUGUCCCCGACACCUCCGGAUGCCUGCCGAGGGAUGCUGUGUGGCUUUGGCGCCGUUUGUGAGCCCAGCGUGCGGGAUCCGGGCCGAGCCUCCUGCGUGUGCAAGAAGCGCGCCUGCCCCGCCGUGGUGGCGCCCGUGUGCGGCUCCGACGCCUCCACCUACAGCAACGAGUGCGAGCUGCAGCGCGCGCAGUGCAGCCAGCAGCGGCGCAUCCGCCUGCUCUUCCGCGGGCCCUGCGGGCUCCGCGACCCCUGCGCCAACGUGACCUGCAGCUUCGGCAGCACCUGCGUGCGCUCUGCUGACGGACAGACGGCCACGUGCCUGUGCCCGGCCACCUGCGGGGGCGCACCUGGGGGCCCUGUGUGCGGCAGCGACGGCGCCGACUACCCCAGCGAGUGCCAGCUGCUGCGCCACGCCUGCGCCCGCCAGGAGAACAUCUACAAGAAGUUCGACGGCCCCUGCGACCCCUGCCAGGACACGCGUGGUGACCCGAGCCGCGUCUGCCGUGUGAACCCCCAAACACGGAGCCCCGAGAUACUCCUUUCGCCGGAGAGCUGCCCUCAGCGCCUCUCUGAAGAGGCGCCCGUGUGUGGGGACGACGGAGUCACCUACGACAACGACUGUGUCAUGGGCCGCAGGGGGGCCGCCCGCGGCAUCCUGCUCCAGAAAGUGCGCUCUGGCGCGUGCCAGCCUCAAGACCAGUGCCCAAAGGCCUGCAGGUUCAACGCUGUGUGCCUGGCGCGCCGCGGUCGACCCCGCUGCUCCUGUGACCGCGUCGUCUGCGAUGGGGCCUACAGGCCCCUGUGCGCCUAUGACGGGCACACGUACGACAGUGACUGCUGGCGCCGGCAGGCCGAGUGUCGGCAGCAGCGCGCCAUCCCUCCCCGGCACCAGGGCCCGUGUGACCAGCCCCGGUCCCCGUGCCGCGGGGUGCAUUGCCGCUUUGGGGCAGUGUGUGUCGUGAAGAACGGGGGAGCCAAGUGUGUGUGCCAGCAGGCGUGUCCGGGCAUCUACGAUCCUGUGUGCGGCAGCGAUGGUGUCACGUAUGGCAGCACCUGCGAGCUGGAGACCACGGCCUGCACUCUGGGGCGAGAGAUCCGGGUGGUUCGCAGAGGACCCUGUGACCGCUGCGGGCAGUGCCGCUUCGGAGCCCUGUGCGAGGCGGAGACGGGGCGCUGCGUGUGUCCCUCCGAGUGUGUGGCCGUGGCGGAGCCCGUGUGCGGCUCCGAUGGGCACACGUAUGCCAGCGAGUGUGAGCUGCACGUCCACGCCUGCACACACCAGAUCAGCCUGCGCGUGGCCUCUCCCGGGCCCUGCCGGACCUGUGGAGACGCGGUGUGUGCCUUUGGGGCGGUGUGCUCGGCAGGGCAGUGUGUGUGCCCCCGGUGUGAGCAUCCCCCACCCGGCCCCGUGUGUGGCAGCGACGGCGUCACCUACGCCAGCGCCUGCGAGCUCCGCGAGGCUGCCUGCCGACAGCAGACCCAAAUCGAGGAGGCCCGGGCAGGGCCCUGUGAGCAGACCGAGUGCGGCUCGGGAGGCUCCGGCUCUGGAGAGGACGGCGAGUGUGAACAGGAGCUGUGCCGGCAGCGUGGCGGCGUCUGGGAUGAGGACUCGGAGGAUGGGCCCUGCGUCUGCGGCUUCAGCUGCCAGGACUUCCUCAGGAGCCCGGUCUGCGGCUCCGAUGGCGUCACCUACGGCUCGGAGUGCGAGCUGAAGAAGGCCCGGUGCGAGUCCCAGCGAGAGCUGUACGCGGUGGCUCAAGGAGGCUGCCGAGGCCCCACUCUGGCUCCCGUGCCGCCUGCAGUCCACCCACACUGCACCCAGACCCCCUUCGGCUGCUGCCAGGACAACGUCACGGCUGCCCGGGGUGUGGGCCUGGCCGGCUGCCCCAGCUCGUGCCAGUGCAACCCACACGGCUCCUACAGUGGCACCUGCGACCCCGGCUCGGGCCAGUGCUCCUGCCGCCCAGGGGUAGGGGGCCUCAAGUGUGACCGCUGUGAGCCCGGCUACUGGAACUUCCGCGGCAUCGUCACCGACGGCCGGAGCGGCUGCACCCCCUGCAGCUGUGACCCCCGGGGUGCUGUGCGGGACGACUGUGAGCAGAUGACCGGGCUGUGCUCCUGCAAGCCAGGGGCCGCGGGGCCCAAGUGCGGGCAGUGUCCAGGUGGCCGUGCCCUGGGUCCUUCUGGCUGUGAGGCAGACUCCUCGGCACCCAAGACCUGUGCUGAGAUGCACUGUGAGUUCGGGGCGUCCUGCGUGGAGGAGGCUGGCUCCGCCCACUGCAUGUGCCCCACACCCACCUGUCCAGGGGCAAAUGCUACUAAGGUCUGCGGGUCGGACGGAGUCACCUAUGGCAACGAGUGUCAGCUGCGGACCAUCGCCUGCCGCCAGGGCCUCGAUGUCUCUGUCCAGAACCUCGGCCCGUGCCAAGAGGCUGUCGCUUUGGGCGCCCGCCCGACACCCGUGUCUGCGGCCACCCCGACGCGCCACCCGAGCGAGGCCUCGCCCCUGCCCAGCGCCCGUCCCUGGGCCCCCAGCGGCAUCCCCCACAGCCGGCCAACCCUGCGACCCUCGCCGCCACCCCGGACCCCCGCCAGCAUCCCCAGGACCCCCUGGCGGCCCGUCCUGACCGUGCCCCCCACGGCGCCCCCCGCGGCGGCCAGCCUCGCCACGUCUGCCUUCAGUGAAUCGGGCAGCGCUGACGGGAGCGGCGACCAGGAGCUGAGUGGGGACCUGGAGGCCAGUGGAGCCGGCUCGGGGGGACUUGAGCCCCCCGAGGGCAGCAGCGCUGAGACCGCUGGGCCACCCAUCGAGAAGGCUUCCUGCUACAACUCGCCUCUGGGCUGCUGCUCCGAUGGCAAGACGCCUUCGCUGGACGCGGAGGGCUCCAACUGCCCCGCCACCAAGGCGUUCCAGGGCGUGCUGGAGCUGGAGGGGGUCGACGGGCAGGAGCUCUUCUACACGCCGGAGAUGGCCGACCCCAAGUCUGAGCUGUUUGGGGAGACGGCCAGGAGCAUCGAGAGCGCGCUGGACGAACUUUUCCGGAACUCGGACGUCAAGAAGGACUUCUGGAGUGUCCACCUGCGGGACUUGGGGCCCGGCAGCUCCGUCCGGGCCACCGUGGACGUGCACUUCGACCCCACCACGAGCGUCAGGGCGGCCGACGUGGGCCGGGCGCUGCUCCGGCAGAUCCAGGCAACCCGGCGCCGGCCCCUGGGGGUGCGGCGGCCCCUGCAGGACCACGUGCGCUUCAUGGACUUCGGUGAGUGCCCCUCCGACUGGUUUCCUGCGUUCCUCACGGGAGCCACCCCGGGAGCCACCCCUGCUGCGGCCACAGCCAGGGCCACCACUGUGACCCCUCGGGCCCUCCACCCCAGUCCCACAAGCCGGCCCGUCAGCAGGACCACAGCGGCCCCCACCACCCGCCGGCCGCCCACCACGGCCCCGCAUCGGGCGCCUGGACGCCGGCCCCUGCCCGCAGGCACCCAGCGGCCCCCGAGGCCCUGCGACUCCCAGCCCUGCCUCCAUGGGGGGACCUGCCGGGACCAGGGCUCGGGUAGCGCCUUCACCUGCAGCUGCCCAGCCGGCAGGGGGGGCAGCGUCUGCGAGGAGGCUCUGCGCCCCACGGUGCCAUCCUUCGGGGGCCGCUCUUUCCUGGCCUUCCCCACCCUCCGCGCCUACCACACGCUGCGCCUGGAGUUGGAGUUCCGCGCGCUGGAGCCGCAGGGGUUGCUGCUCUACAACGGCGGCGCCCGGGGCAAGGACUUCCUGGCGCUGGCCCUGCUCGGGGGCCGCGUGCAGCUCAGGUUCGACACAGGUUCCGGACCGUUGGUGCUGACCAGCACAGUGCCCGUGGAGCCCGGCCGGUGGCACCGCGUGGAGCUGUCUAGGCACUGGCGCCAGGGCAACCUCUCAGUGGACGGGGAGCCCCCUGUCCUGGGCCAGAGCCCCAGCGGCACUGACGGUCUCAACCUGGACACGGACCUCUUUGUGGGUGGUGUCCCCGAGGACCAGACUUCCGUGGUGCUCGCGCGGACCUCUGUCAGCGUCGGCCUCAAGGGCUGCAUCCGCCUGCUGGACGUCAACAACCAGCGCUUGGAGCUCGGCAACUGGCAAGGGGCUGCUACCCGAAGCUCCGGCGUGGGCGCGUGCGGGGCCCAGCCCUGCCUGCCCAACCCCUGCCUCGGCGGCGCCCCGUGCCAGGCCCUGGAGGCCGGCAUGUUCCACUGUCAGUGCCCUCCGGGCCGCUUCGGCCCCACCUGUGCCGAGGAGAAGAACCCCUGUGAGCCGAACCCCUGCCACGGGGCAGCCCCCUGCCGCGUGCUGCCUGGCGGGGGCGCCAAGUGCGAGUGCCCCCUGGGACGAGGGGGUGCUCUCUGCCAAACAGCCUCAGAACGGAACGGUCCCCGGCCCUUCCUGGCUGACUUCAAGGGCUUCUCCUACCUGGAGCUGAAAGGCCUGCACACUUUUGAGCGGGACCUGGGGGAGAAGAUGGCGCUGGAGGUGGUGUUCCUGGCCCGGGGCCCCAGCGGCCUGCUGCUGUACAACGGGCAGAAGACGGACGGCACGGGCGACUUCGUGUCCCUGGCGCUGCGCGACGGCCACGCGGAGUUCCGUUACGACCUAGGCAAGGGGGCCGCUGUCAUCAGGAGCAAGGAGCCCGUGGCCCUGGGCGCCUGGACCAGGGUCUCCCUGGAGCGGAACGGCCGCAAGGGCGCCAUGCGUGUCAACGACGGGCCCCGUGUGCAGGGGGAGUCCCCGAAAUCCCGCAAGGUGUCGCACACGGUCCUCAACCUGAAGCAGCCGCUCUACCUGGGGGGUGCUCCGGACUUCAGCGAGCUGGCCCGGGCCGCCGCGGCGUCCUCGGGCUUCGAUGGCGCCAUCCAGCGGGUCUCCCUGAAAGGCCACCAGCUGCUGACCGAGGAGCACGUGGUGCGGGCGGUGGACGUCUCGUCCUUUGCAGACCACCCGUGUACCCAGGCGUCAGGCCCGCCCUGCCUCAACGGGGCCUCCUGUGUCCCCCGGGAGGCCUCCUACGAGUGCCUGUGUCCGGGCGGCUUCGCGGGGCUGCACUGCGAGUCGGGGCUGAUGGAGAAGGCGGCGGGGGGCCUGGACGCACUGGCCUUUGACGGACGGACCUACGUCGAGUACCUCAAUGCCGUGACGGAGAGCGAGAAGGCGCUGCAGAGGGACCACUUCGAGCUGAGCCUGCGCACCGAGGCCACGCAGGGGCUGGUGCUGUGGAGCGGCAAGGCCACGGAGCGGGCCGACUACGUCGCGCUGGCCAUCGUGGACGGGCACCUGCAGCUGGCCUACGACCUGGGCUCCCAGCCUGUGGUGCUGCGCUCCACCGUGCCGGUCAACACCAACCGCUGGUUGCGGGUCCGGGCGCACAGGGAGCAGAGGGAAGGCUCCCUGCAGGUGGGCAAUGAGGCCCCCGUGACCGGCUCCUCCCCACUGGGCUCCACGCAGCUGGACACAGAUGGAACCUUGUGGCUGGGGGGCUUGGCGAAACUGCCUGUGGGCGCGGCCCUGCCCAAGGCCUACGGCACGGGCUUCGUGGGCUGCCUGCGGGACGUGGUGCUGGGGCGCCGGGCCCUGCACCUGCUGGAGGACGCUGUCACCAGGCCGGAGCUUCGGCCCUGCCCCGCCCCGUGA